UAAUGGACUUUAAAACUGGUGGGGAUAAGUCAAAGUAGCAAAUAGCCCGCCGAAACUACAAAACCAUUUGCUUGUUUGCGCGCUCUCUCCCUCUCUCCUUCGUUGUGCUCCAAAAACCCAAGACCCGAAGAGAUGCAAAGUACUAGUAUGCUGAACAAGAUCAGUCACAGGUGUAAGUAGAUAUGUCAAAACUUGGAUUUUUUAUGGAGAGGAAAACAACAUUGUGGUAAAAGAAAUCAACAGAAUUUGUUUGGCUGAUAAUCUGAGGGACAACGUUAGAGGACCCUUUACAACUAUGCUCACCCGGAAUUUACUCUCAGUCAAUGUACCUUGUUUGAGAGGUUUUUCAUCAGCGGCGGCUAGUUUUCUUAGAACUGGGGAUACAUUGAAGCUAUCUAGAAUAUUCACAAGUGAAGAUGUCUUAGAGUACUCUAAAGUGAGUCAUGACUCUAAUCCUCUGCAUUUCGAUUCUGAGUCCGCUCGAAAUGCCGGAUUUGAAGAUCGACUUGUUCAUGGGAUGCUUGUUGCUGCCCUGUUUCCCAAGAUCAUAUCUUCUCACUUUCCUGGGGCUAUAUAUGUUUCCCAAAGCUUGCAUUUCAGGUUGCCCGUCUAUAUUGGCGAAGAGAUUGUUGGCGAGGUAGAAGCAACUAAUAUAAGAGAACAGAAGAACAGAUACCUAGUGAAAUUCAAGACAGCAUGCUUCAAGAAUGGUGCUAUCGUCAUUGACGGUGAGGCAAUGGCCAUCUUACCUGCACCAGCUGUGGAACAAGCGAAUACUUCGGCAUGACAGACAGCCGGUUCGGGUUGAGCUACUGCCGCAUUGAUUGAAAGUUCAAAAGCAAUUCAGUGUGGCUGAAAUUCUACGUAUGGUUUAGUCGAACUGCACCAUCCCUUUAUUUAAUAAAAAUUUAUCUCAAGGAAAUUGCAUUGUAAACUCUAGAUGGAUAACGUCUACAUUUUUUCUCUUCUUUUUUUGGGCGGAUGAUUUCAAGAUUUCUUCAAUCAGCUCCAUUCAGCUAAUGGGUUCCCAACAUUACAUCCAUGGAAGUCGCUUGUAAAGGCUGAAUUAAUGUACAAUUACAUGUAAAUGUCUGAGGAAAUACUAGCACCAGUCGUGUGUCACUAAUUUCUGGCCCUUGAUGUAUCAAUGGCCAAAAAUUAGAAUCCCAUUAUGCAUGGAUGGAUGGCAAAAAAAUCACCCGUGUGCGAGCAACUGAAUAUAGAGAUGUCCCUCAUAUCUCCAAUCUACACGAACCCACUGCUGAGGGGGCUUCCCUGCCAGUCGUGCCGUUACUGAUCGAACCCAUAAAACUUUCACAAAUUCUUGAUUCAAUCACCAAUUAGCAGUCCAUACUUUCCCCAACUUCGAAGUGUUUAUUCUAAAUCAUUCAGUUUGAACUUAAAUUUUGCUAAGACUAUAAUAUACUUAUUUUGGUUAACCAAACAGAAAUAAACUUGUUUUGCACGAAUAAGCAAUAAUGGCCAGUGUGUAGGGGUGAACACUGGGUACCACCCGCGAUCACCAUCACCAUCACCAUCACCACCAC